GAGCCGAGAGGCUGAGCGCGCGGGUCUGUGCUCAGCCGCUGCGUUGCGCUGUGCGCUUCGCAGGUUCCUUAGCUGGUCACACCGAGACAGCCAACGUUACGUGAGGAACCGCCCGCUGGCCUUGCAGCUGUCCUAAAGCAUUUUUUGGACGGCGUGGACAUAACUGUAGCGCCCUUCAGUGCCAUCCCGGCUGUUUCCGUCAGCCCCAAGCCCGCCUCGCCGCGGGCCGCUGGCUCACCGCAUAGCAGCUCUGCCCCGCGCCCUGGGGCUGCGGUCAGAGCGUUGUAUUUAUAUGUCCUCAUCUCAUAACUCACACCAGGAUUUACCAUUCAACACUUGCCCAGCCUUUCUCAAAAGCCAAAUUUAUCAAGAUCUCAAGGUCAACCAAACCUCCCUACAGCAUAAAGGUAAUACAGUUAAUUAACUGUGAGUUUCUGCUCUGCACUUAGGUGAGCACUACAACACUCAGCUGUUGUCAGCCACAUCAGCUCCUCUCCCUCGUCCAUAGUAAAUAAUCCAUUAAGUAGCGGGGAUGAGAAAAGUGAUAGUGGUAUUUGAAGUUAUCUGUGGCAGAUAGUGGGAAAGCAUAAGAGAUGACUUGAGGAUGGAACAACGUGGUCACCUUGGAAAUGACUAUAACACCACUGCCACCAUAGGGUUCGAAUGGAUGACAGGUGCCUUUCGGGGCUGAUCCAUGGAUUUCAGGUUUGGUUUUCCACAAUAGGGUUCUGUGUAGAAACUGUAGUGCCUGCAGGCACUGCGGAAACAAAGAGCUGCCUCACGCAGAGCUCGGGGUCAGCAUGCGGAUUUACACCGUCUGCCCGUUGUGGGGCAGCAGCAUCAAGACAAUCUCCGCUCCUUGUGGUGGCAAAGGGUUGGCAUUCACAGAGACACGUUAAUCAGCUGAUAUUGCUGUGUUAGGGACUCUGAACAGUUGUGGCAAGACUCCUCGGCUUACAUUGCCCAACGUGGCCCUCGGAAACUGCUGAGAGAUUGUUUUCCUGGGAGUGAAUUGGAACUGUAUUUGCAGUUUGCUCAUGCAUUUCAAGUACCUGUCCCCUUCAUCAAGUUCCACAAAGACAGUUACACAUAGAACGUACACUUUUUCCUUGAAAGACAGUUAUAUGGGAACUGCUGAGUCCUAGCCUACCCCACUGAUGGAGACCUGUGGGAAGAACCCAGUCAGCCCUGGGAGCACAGGUGAAGGCAAUGCAGCUGUGUGAGCAGGAGUGGAGCCUGGCUGCACCUCUCUUAGACCCCAUUGAAGGGCUGACUGCCACUGGGGAAGGAUCUCUUCCUGGAGAUCCCUCCUUGGAGCUUUUCCCUGUGAACCUGGAGUCUUCUGAUACAGCCGCGGUCCGCCCCGCUCACACGGUGCCCGAGCCGCAGAGCAAGCAGCAGCGUCGCGUCCUCGCCGCCCGCCCCGCCAUGCCCAACUUCGCCGGCACCUGGAAGAUGAGGAGCAGCGAGAAUUUCGACGAGCUCCUUAAAGCGCUGGGUGUCAACGCCAUGCUCAGGAAGGUGGCGGUGGCGGCCGCCUCCAAACCCCACGUGGAGAUCCGCCAGGACGGGGACCAGUUCUACAUCAAAACUUCCACCACUGUCCGCACCACGGAGAUCAACUUCAAAAUCGGGGAGAGCUUCGAGGAGGAGACGGUGGAUGGCCGAAAAUGCAGGAGUUUGGCCACUUGGGAGAAUGAAAACAAGAUCUAUUGCAAACAAACUCUUAUUGAGGGAGAUGGUCCUAAAACAUACUGGACUCGAGAAUUAGCUAAUGAUGAGCUGAUUUUGACCUUUGGUGCUGAUGAUGUUGUGUGCACAAGAAUUUAUGUAAGAGAGUAAAAACAUCCAUUUACUUGUCACCUGGGAUGAAGUGGAGAGCUGUGGAAAGCCCCAGUAGAAUGAGUAUUUGUGUGUGCUGUUACUGAUGCGGUGUUGUAUGUGACCGUGUGUGUUCUAUCUGAAUCUGUAUCCUGUUAAGUGUAUUUUACUUUAUUUUUCAUCACAGAUGUUACUCCUUUCUCACUUUUAUGCGGUCAUUUUUUUGCGUCUGCUUUGUAUUCUGUAGUUGUCAUUUGCAAUGGUUUUACCAAUUAUUAAACUUAU